AUCUAGUCUGUCGCGCAACGAAAACCCAUUCCGCACCCGACUGUUUGUUUUUUUAUACGUUGUAGCAUACAUAUACAUCUAGAUAUCUAAUUGCGUUUUCGGCAUCUUGGAUUGCUUCAGAGCUCACAUAAACCGAGGACCAUUCAGCACCACCAGAACAAUUGGAAACACACGGAAUACGACAGAAUCAUAUUGGCUUAUAGUCAAGAGCCAGAAUUACCAUACGGUAGAUCCGAGUGGUGAAUGAAUAGCGACUGAAGGAAACUCUACUUAACGCAGUCUUUGGUUAACCAACUUAAGUUACGGCAAAGCCAGAACAAAUUCACUAUGGCCCAAGCAGAAGACCACAGUGAGCAAUUGCCGGCUCAUGCCUCUCCCGCAUUCCCACCAACACUUUCGCCACGACCACGCGCAAUAUCAGACUUUCAGCUUGCAGAUCAGGAGCGUCAACGCGAUCCACCAGCGUCCAUAAUAUCCCCUGCCUUUACUCCACCGGCGACUCCCGGCACAGGCACACCAGCUCUCGAACGCCCUCCCAAAUCUGUACCUGUAGAUACUUCAUUACAAGAUCCAGCGGAUGGCCCAAAACUUGUACAGCGUUUACCAACUGUGACAUGUGAGGUCCGGGCAAGGAUACCCACAACGAGCGGUCAGGAAAUGUAUUUGCAUUUGUACAAGAACGACAUGGACAACAAGGAGCAUUUGGCUAUCGUCUUUGGUAACCAGAUCAGGAGUCGGAGUCUAUACGCAGUGCGGCCUGGCGAGACGCAGAGAGAUCGCUUGAUAAGAGGCGCGUAUGAAGGUAGAUUACAUCCAGGACGAGUGAAUGAGAUUAAACAAGACGCUGUGGUUGUCCCACCUAGGGCUCCACCACAAGAAGACGCCACCACGAACGCCUCGAAUCAGAUUCCUCUGGUGCGUAUACAUUCUGAAUGCUACACUGGCGAAACAGUCUGGUCAGCGCGUUGCGAUUGUGGUGAGCAGCUCGACGAAGCUGCGCGGCUCAUGUCACUCCCAUCAAAUCAACCCGCAGGCGGUGUCAUCAUUUACCUGAGACAAGAAGGGCGCGGAAUAGGUUUGGGCGAAAAACUCAAGGCGUACAAUCUGCAAGACUUGGGCCACGACACGUAUGAGGCGAACCUGCUGCUGCGGCAUCCGGCAGAUGCAAGGAGCUAUGGUCUUGCAACAGCCAUGCUCGUGGAUUUGGGUUUGAAGGACGUGCGGCUAUUGACUAACAACCCCGACAAAGUGAGAGCAGUGGAAGGACCGAAUCGGGAGAUUAGAGUGAGGGAAAGAGUUGCCAUGAUCCCAUUGGCAUGGCAGACGGGAGGACAGAAAGGCAUCAAGAGCGAAGAGGUAGAGAAGUAUCUAAGCACAAAGAUUGAGAAGUUCAAGCAUAUGAUUGGAUAAUCAUGCUGGAGGGACUGUGGAGUCACUGGUGGCGAGUACUCCUCUCGCUGAGAUAAUAUUUCCGCCGCAGCUUCGCUGCACAUUGUCAUAGAAGCGCGAGAUCGGGGAUUUACUUUUGCGGAAUUGAAUCCAAGGACCAAGUUCUCGGCUCCCGGACUCCGACCUUUUUUAUAUUCUUAGAUCAAGGGACCUUGCCCACGUAACGUUUUAAACCUGGUCAUGACUGGAGCUGCAAUCAAGGGUUCGAUGCGCUCCGUUCAGAUGUUGAUCUAAGAAAUCAUAGAUGCCAUCCUUCGCAGGCCUGUCUUACAGAGUAUAGCGGAGUCACAUUAGCGCUCUUUGCGUGGCGUGUAUGGCAUCUAUCAACCCGAUGUGCGGCCAUUCUCAUUUUCCGAUAUCACGCAUACAGAUCAUUGUGACGGAAUAAGCCCUCCACUUUCAGCUGCAGACUGAGUUUGAGGGAGGAGCUAAAUGCGCGAUGUAGAUGCGGAUAUGAGUAGAACCGAAAGAGUUAGGACAUGCAGAGUUUAAGCUACCAUUGAAAGUCUCUUUCCAGCGUUGUUUAGAUCCCGAGUUAGUACGAGAAAAUAGGGAAAGAGUUGAAUUGAAGUAGCUCUAAUUCUUCGUCGA